AUAAUGAAAAACAGUAUUUAGAAACCUUGAAGUUCACAAUUUCCCCAAACUUCAAGAACUCUGUAUGAACGUCCUCAUAAAAUUCUUCAUAAGAGCGUUCAACAUCUUCAUCAGUAUGCUGAAAUGGGCAGGAAAUAAACCACCCAAGAAAGAUUUGUUACUGUAAAUACUGCAAGUUGAAAGAUCUGAAUACGAAAACAAUAGAUGACUAAAACUAGCCAAUAAAAUAAUAAAACUGGAAACGAAUAUAAUUAGGAUUAUUAAUGGUCCUGCAUUGGCAAGUGAAUUAUCCAUUUGUAUAGCAGGGCUGAUAAAAAAAUCCAUGUGUAUAACAGGGAAGAAGUCCUGUUGGAAGAAUGAUAAUGCAGAGAAUGCAGAGUAGACAGACAAAAAAAGAAAAGGUUAAACUGAUUAAGUCACAAAAGCACCCAUAUGAGUAGUAAUGCAUUGAAAGCCAAAGGUCAAAUUUCUCGGUCAAUGGUACCAUCUUAAGAGUGUUGGAGGAACACCAGAUGCUCUUUUCUGACGCUCAAAAAGAAAUUAUUAAAACAAAACAAUAAAAAACCAAUCUGUUAGAAACUGAAUUUGAUCCCAAUCAAGCAAAUGCAGAAUACACAACAUAACAGAGUAUAAUGAGUUCAUUUAUUCUGCAAUAUAUAAUUCAAAAGACCAUGUUCAUGGGAUAUAAAAGAAUUGAUUGCUAAACUAAACAAAACUAAAAAUUUAGUAAACUUUCACAACUUGCAGAACCAACUUUCUUCAACUCUCUCUGCCCUAUCACUAUUCUCUCUAUCCCCCUCUAUUGAGGUUAUUCUCUUCAUUUUACUAUUAUUUUUUUCUCAGUCCAAUUAAACAUGCAUUUUGGCCAAUAUAUAACAAUUAAAUGA